AUGUUCUUUCUUUAAAGUUUGAAUCUUUUUCAUGUUUUCAUGGUGUUAGUGUUGUUGUAUUUGCUUAGACCAUUGAUUUCUCAUGUGGGGUUGUUUCUUUUUUUGAUAAAGUUUAUGUCUUUGAUGAAAUAUUGAUUUGGUUUUACAAUGUGGGAUAGUUUUUGGGAAAUAUUAGCUGUUGUUUGUUAGACAGAGUUAGUAAUAAGCUCUGCGUACACUCUAAACUCUCCGGACCCUACUUUUUGUGUUUAACACAAGAAAACUUGAGUUUAUCUUUCUGGUAAUGUCAGAUUGUUUAUUUAUUAAUGUGUCAUUGUUAUUCUUUUUGUUAAAGUUUGAAUCUUUAUCAUGUUUUCAUGGGUUUAGUGUAUCUGUAUUUGCUAAAUUAAUUGAUUUUCUCAUGUGGGUUGGUUUCUUUGUUGAUGAAGUUUCAGUCUUUGAGGAGAUAUUUGUUUGGUUUUACAAUAUGGGAUGAUCUUUUGGCUUCAAAGGCUUUGUCUAUUGACAGUGUUCUGAUGAAAGUGCUUUAAUUUUUCUUCUUCUGUUUUUUUUCCCUUGCCUGUUUAGAGAGGAAAAUGAUGUGUUCUUUAGUUUCUUUAGAUCUGUAUAAUUUUCCCCAAAUAUGGAAAUAAAGAGAGAUUACCAUUAUAAUUGAAGUUUAGUUAAUGAAAAAUUGGAGCAAGUACCCAAAGCCUAACUAACUCUCUUCUUCUUGAAACAUGACUUUCUGCUUUGCUAUUGGGCUAAAUGGUCCUAUUUUGCUGUUUUCUCUUUGCAAUAUCUUCAAGGGUUGGAAUUGUCUUUUCUCUUUUGUUUUUGGUUUCCCACCUAGUGUGCGGUGGCACUCCCAACAUAAUUUUCUCCAUACUUAGGUCUCGAACUUGAGAACUUUGGUUAAGGGUGGAGCAGUCCCACCACGGACUGUACGACAACAAGUAGACAUCUACUUUUUAUCCUUGUGCAAAUGUUGUUUAGUUAAAACAGAAAUGUUCUUUUUUCUUAUUGUCUUCUUGUUUCUGUUUUUGGGGUUUAUUUUUAUUUUUAUUUUUAUUCUCAAGUUUUGGCAACCUGUUGGUUGCUGAAGAUAUGUCCAUUGAAGUAGGUUCAUUAGUUCAUAUGUUUCUUUGAAGUAAUAUAAAAUAAUAAAGAUGGGUGGACUUUAGUACAAAGCUCAUUUAGUUUCUCAUUUCUACAUUUUGCUGCUGAGAGGAAAUUGAUAUGCAGACACCAAAAGGAAGGACUGUUUCUGUGGAAGUGCCUCAAAGGACAUCUGCUGCUACACUAAAGACAGCUCGAAAGCUCAGGACUCCAGGGUCAGAUGUUGAUUCUGUUUCAUCUCCGAAUCCAGCCAACAGGACACCUAAAGAUAGGAGUCCGAAAGUUUUUUGUCGCCGGUCACCACGGAGUCCAGUGAUAGAGAAGAAGCGUCCUGUCAAAGCAUCUGACUUGGAAACGCAGCUUGCUCAACUCCAAGAUGAGCUAAAGAAGGCGAAGGACCAACUCAGUUCUUCUGAAUCAUUGAAGAAAAGGGCUCAACAGGAUGCUGAUGAAGCUAAAAAGCAGCUUGUGGUCAUGUCAGAAAAGCUCGAGUACUCUAAGAAGCAGCUGCUUGAUCUCUCAGAUUCAGAAGAAGCUCGACUGCUGGAGUUGCGCAAGAUAUCACAGGAUCGAGACCGAGCAUGGCAAUCUGAGCUUGAGGCUAUCCAGAAGCAGCAUGAGUUGGACUCUGCUGCUUUGGCCUCUGCCAUGAAUGAAAUACAGAAACUUAAACUUCAGCUGGACCGAGUGGCUGAUUGUGAAGCCGCUCAAGCUCAUCACGCUGAGUCAGCUUAUGUUGAGAUACAAAGCUUAAGGAUUGAACUUACAAAGACCCUUACAUUGGUUGAUAAACUGAGAAACCAGCUUAACGAUAGCAAGGAAUCUGAGGCAUGUUCAUUUGAAGAAGUGAGCAAAGCUCAGAUGCAGCUGGAAGUGGCCAAGAUAACCGAGGAUACUCUACGUUCUGAAGGUUUGAAAGCAAUGGAGGCUUGCAGGACCUUGUCUUUGGAGUUGGAAAAAUCAAAGGAUCGAGUAGCUUCAUUGGAGGAGCUUGUCAGCAAAUUCCAGUCUGGUCCAGUAGACUCUUCCGAAAGUUCUGUAGCUGCUGAAGGAAACAGCUCAAAUGUAGAAGCUGAUAAACUAAAAAUUGAGCUGAGUACCAUCCAAGUUGAGGUAAGUCAAUUAAGAGCUGCUUUGGAGGAUUCCGAGAUAAAGUAUCAGGAAGAAUACAUCCAGAACACCUUGCAGACACGAAGUGCUUAUGAGCUGGUGGAGCGCACAAAAUCCGAAUCACUUCAGAGGGAGGCUGAAUGGGAAGGAAAACUAAAUGAAGCAAAAUCGGAAGUGGAAGAGUUGAAAGAAAAACUGAUGAAUGUUGAAGCUCAACUUGUUGAUAUUUCAGAUGUGAAUAAGGGGCUAAGUCUGCAUGUUGAGCAAAUGCAGUCAGCUGAUAAAGAGUUUGAGUUAGCUGCUCAACUAAAGAACUCAGAGUCAGUUUUGGGAGAUCUGAGAGAAAAUCUAUUAGACAAAGAGACAGAGUUGCUGAGUCUUAUGGAGGAGAAUGAACAGUUGAAGUCGGAAAUCAGUAAGAGGGAAUCGGAGAGUACCAAAGUUAACAACGAGGCACUUGCCUUAGUAGAAGAAGCAAAAACUGCAGAAAGAGAGGCCCUGAUGAAGCUGGGAGAUUUGACGGAGGAAGCAGACAAAAGCAUCAGAAAGGUAACUCGUGUCACUGAGGAGUUGAAUGCAGCACAGGCUGCAAACUCGGAGAUUGAAACCGAGCUAAGGAGGUUAAAAGUGCAAUGUGAUCAAUGGAGGAAGGCUGCUGAAGCAGCUGCAUCUAUGCUUUCAACUGGAAACAACAGGAAAUAUGUCGAGAGAACAGGUUCUUUAGACUACCACACUAUCGGUGGAAAGCUUGGUUCACCACUCUUGGAUGACGUGGAUGAUGACUCGCCAAAGAAGAAGAAUAACAUGUUGAAGAAACUCGGUUUUUUAUUGAAAAAGGGACAGAAGUAAAUAACGCGCUAUCGUGCAGGACUUGCUGAGCUGAUGCCUCCAUGGAAUUAAAUCGUUUUCGCGGAUUUUUGUAUAGCUGUUUGGAAAUCUCCAGUUUGUAUGUCAAUUGUUAUUUUCAGAUACAGACUGUUGUAUUUUCCAAGUAUUUGUUGCAAGUGUAAUGAAAGCUAUGAGAGAUGAUUAAUGGUAAAAUUUGCUCUUUCAUGUCAUAGAUGACAUUUUUUUUUAUCUAUCUUUGCUGUGUAGAGUCCCACAUUGGCCCUUUUAAUGGAUGAGUGGUGUCUUUG